UCGUGACGGCGCGCGUCGGCGGCGUCGGCGUGAGUCGGCGUGAGUCGGCGUGAGUGGUCAGUGGAGGUGCUGGCCAGAUGCUGGAGGGGCGGCGCGUAGGCGGCCGCGGCCUCGUUUUUCGAUCGCGGCGCUGCGCAGCGGUGCCGUGGCUUCACGCACUGCACAAUUCGCGAGUGAUGCGUCCGUCCAGCGCCUGCAAUAGCGCUGGCCACUUUGCUGGAGCUGGAGAGCGACUUUGGCAAAGGCGCCACGGCUAACGAGCGAACGCAGCGCUGCAACUGUGGCACCGGCCGCUCAAUCGCUGGCGCAAGAGUGGCCCCAGGUUACAAAAACGGCACGACGACGCGUGGUGACAGCAGAGGGACAGCCUGGUGACAGAGAGCACCACACCACACGCCGUCGCAGCGAUGAGCGAGCUCGCGAGCCGGCCGCGCGCCAACUCCCUCUCCCAGAUCCAGGCCGACGCCUGGUCCCGCCGCGACGCGCGCAUCUCCGAGAUCAACGCGCAGUGGUCCGCGCGCCUCGACGGAGCCACAAAACCGCCUCCCGCAAAAGCCGUCGAGUGGCCCGCCGAGUGGCCUUCCAGAAGAGCGCCGCCCGCCGCCGUCGAACCUGUCACAAAUGCGGGCGGCUCCUUGCCGCCGUCCACGAGCGUCGAGGCCAUCCCGAACGGCCGCGCCGCCGGCUUGUCCGCCUACUGUGCGACGGUUGUACAAAAAGCGGGCGCGGACUUCGCCGGACCCAUGUACGUGGUAGACCUCGGCGCGGCGGAGAGGCUGCUCGAGGCGUGGCGUUCUGCCUUUCCGCGCAUAGAACCUAGAUACGCCGUCAAGUGCUUCCCGGACUCUCAGUUAAUCAAGGCCCUCGCUACGAAGGGAUGCGGCUUCGACUGCGCGUCCGAGAAGGAGGCUCGGUUGGCGCUCGACGCGGGCUGUCCCCCGUCGAGGAUUGUCUUCGCGAACCCCUGCAAGCUGCCCUCUGAUAUAGCGUUCCUGCACGCGUCCGGCAUAGCGCUGACGACCUUCGAUUGUAUCGAUGAAUUGGACAAAUUAGAGAAAACGAACUGCCGCGUGUUGCUGCGGAUCCGCGCGGACGACUCCGCCAGUCGUUUACCCUUCGGUGCCAAGUAUGGUUGUUUGGAGGGCGAGAUUGCCGGACUCAUAGAGGCCUGUGCAGAACGAUCUAUUAACUUACGCGGCGUCGCCUUCCACGUCGGGUCCGGCGCGCGGUCGCCGAAGGCCUUCGCGGACGCCGUUUGUGCGGCGAAGCGCGUCUUCGACCUGUAUACUACGUUAAGGCCGCAUGCUACACCUUUGGACGUCUUAGACGUGGGCGGUGGUUUUUGUGGUGGUUUUAGUGAUGAUGGCAAUGCGGCCGUGUCGGCGUCCGGUGAUACUACUGUCGUAGAUGCGCUUAAUCAAGCGCUGACAAAGUACUUCCCGCUGGAGCAGUAUCCCUCAUUACAAAUCAUCGCGGAGCCGGGCCGCUACUUCGCCGAGGCGUCUGCCGCGUUGUGCUGUCGGGUGGUCGGUUCCAGAAGCAGGGAGCUCGUCUCCAACGACAGUAGGAGGGAGGAGCGCCAGUGCUGGAUCUCGGAUGGGGUCUACGGCGCGUUUAACGCGAUCGUCUACGAUGGCUGGCUGCCCCACGCCGUCGUCGUCGGCGGUUCGAGCGUGGACGGGUCUGAUGCAUUGACAACGGUUUUCGGGCCGACGUGCGAUUCGCUGGACGUGGUCUUCUCGCGCGUCGAAAACGCUCCUGAAAUACGGCGCGGCGACUGGCUCCUCUUUCCCUGCUGCGGCGCCUACACGAGCGCCGGCGCCUGCGAUUUCAACGGGUUGCCGGCGACCGCUUAUGCAGGGGUACGGACGCGGUACGUGCGGUCGGCGAGCAUGGCGUCUACUCCGAGUGAUGCUGAGCUGCCGGUGAUUUAUUCCGAUAGGCCUCCCUGCGAGGUCCGACGGUACUUCUAGUUUGUUAAUUUGUUGUUCACAGAAAACA